AGCAAAUUGAGCAGAGUUAAAUUUCUGGUGUUGAUAAAGAUAGAGUCAAUCGAACUCUAUUUGGAAUUGAUCUAAAUCUCUAUGUUGUUAAAUCUGUUUGAUUUCACACUGCACCACAAAAGAGUUGGUGUCAAAAUGGAGUGUUAUUACUGUUAUUGUGAAACCAACUCUAUGGGUCGUCAGUCUCUCAGCUCGGGUGUAAGGAGUGACUACCCUCUGGCAUCGCGCGAACAAUAAUCUCGUGAGAGCAACAAUCUGGCGGGAUUCAAGUAAUUUACCUGCACAACUCAACUGGAACGCAACGAGCAGCACAACGUUUUCGAGGACAGUUUGUUCAAAAUUGAAGAAAACGUGUUGCAUUGUGUCGGAAAUGUUGGCUAAAGUGGAGAUUGGAGGGGUCCUAAAAUACGUGAAAAUUCCAGAGACUGAUGGAUUUUUUCAAUUUGAUAUGUUCCUUCAAGAAGUGAACGACAAGUUUAGUCUGCAGCCAGACAGCUUCAGUGAGGGCCAGUUCACCAUCACAGAUAUGUCAGGAACAGAGGUGGAUGGAGAUAUCUUUGAUGAGCUUGUCAAGUCGGGUGUCCUGACCUUCAAGGUCCCUUUACCAGUAAUGGAUCUGGAUGUUGAGCUGGUUGCAGAUCAAGCAUCCUCCUCUGUAUUGACAUCGCUGUCCCCAACUUCAUCCCAUUCAUCCUUGGUAGUGGCACAGACUGCACUAUCCCCAGCUUUAUCCCAUUCAUCUGAUUCCACCGUUAUUCUGGAGUCCACAAGAAAAAGGAGGAACCCAACAGGGUUAAUGGACCAGAAUGAAGCAAAACAGAUGGUUGAGGGUGUUCUGAGAGCCAAUCCAAAGGGUGAAGAAGUCUUCAAUGAGUAUGACAAGACUAAAACACUAACUGAUGCGACCCGUAAACAAAUGGUGAACAUCCUGGUUGCAGAUAUGGUAGAGCUACAUGGGAGGGUUCCACCGUCAAGUGUAAGGACCAAUUAUGCACUGGGAAUUGUGACUCUUUUUCCAUACCUCCGUGAUCCAUUCUCCAAACUUGGAUAUGAACACUACUAUGAUCCUGAGGGUAAUACCGGCUUCAUUUCAUGGAGGAUCAAGACGGUUCAACGCAACACCUUUGCUGGCUUGCGGGGUCGUUCCAAGACCGUUCUUCAGGAUGGUCCAAAAACCAGGCGAGAAUCUCUGUCAACCUGCCAACAGCUAUUUGGUGAGGAGUGCAGGGAGGCGAUAUCUACAAUAAGACAUUCCAGCGAUGAAUCUGUGGUCAAAGAGAAGAUGAGAGCGACUUUCCAGUAUCGACAGAAGAUGGUUGGGGAUGAUGCAUCAUCUUCAGUCCUGGAUGUGUUCCCUCGUUUUCUUGAUGUACCUGGAUUGAUCGACCAGGAUUUCUCAAUGAUGUUUGGUGACGAAGUGUCUCAGAAGUUCCUGUCCAAGUGGUCAACUUUCUUCAAGCCAAACAUCAUCACAGACUGCAAGACUGCAACGAAUAUGGAUGAGUUGCUGUCGGCAACUGAAUUUGAGUCUGAAGAGAACAAUGGAUGGGACAGUGAUAUGUCUUCAAUCCUUUUGCUGCUGCAGCUACUCCCUCCAACUUCAAGGGGCCAGAAAAAAACUGCCAAGAUCAGUUCAGCUCAAGCAACCAGCCAUCUUGUUAGAUAUCUUAAGGAAGGAGCCAGUAUUACUACCUUCCUUGAGAGUGUCGACGCAAGACAACCGUUCCUCCUUUGCAUCGGUGAGCAAAAGAAGAAUAUCCAAAGGUUCUACCUUAUUAUCGACCGAAAACCAAUCCCGUGCAAGGCACACACAUCAGUAGCAGCUUUUGAUGAACUGUUCAAAGCUCACUACGUCUUCAGUCUCUCAUAUGACGAAGCUCUUUGUAAUUUUUACACAUUCAUCCAAACCACUAUAUACAACAUCGAUGUCGGAAGAGCAAAGGAGAGCCCGCGUGUUAAAGAACUCCGAGCACGACUGCUGCAGCGAAGUGCUGUAACCGAUAAACAGCCUUGAAGAUGUUCACGUGUUUUGUCUGUAAAACACACCACAAAACGUGUGUGGUUCUUUGCCAACAUUUAAAAUUCCAACAUGGUUUAUAUCCUGGCAAAAAGUUGCGUUUAAAAUGUGGAGAGCUCCAUUGCCCAUUAUCAUUUUGUACUUAUAGUGGCUUCCGAAAGCACCUCACCAAGGUGCAUAGUCAGGUUGAUCAAGAGAUUGAUAUUGUUCAUGAUGUUUCUACUCAGCGAGAAUGUGAGGCGGAAUGUUCAAGUGAUUCCCCAAAUGUUGUUGCCACUUUGCAAAAGUCAGAAAGCUCUGUUGAUACAAGUCAACUAUCGUCAAUGUGUGGAUCAAUUGUUGCGCAUUUGCAAGCAUCAGGUCUCUCUGAAAGUGCUGUCCAAACGAUUGUUUGUUCAAUGGAAGAAGUUGUCAAUGAUGUUAAAAGUGAGGCAAAAAAUGCUGUUCUUAAAACAAUGUCUUCUGAAAAUACAAGUUCAGACACUCCAGGAUCCAGAAUAGAUAAUUGUUUUGAUCAAUUAGGUAAUCCUUUUACAGCAUUAAACACAGAGUCAAAAAGGCGUAAAUAUUAUAAUGAAAAAUGGGAAAUAGUUGAACCUAAAGAAUGUGUCCUUGGUGUGAGGCUGGAUUUGCGCAGAGAUAGAAUAACAGGGGUAUACAAUGAGAUUCCUGUAACGGACAAGUGUACGUAUGUACCCAUUCUGAGUACACUUAAAUCCAUAUUCAAAAAUGACCAAGUAAGAGAAAGCUUUCUACGGGACAAACAGAGUGAAAAUGGCAUUUACAAAGACAUCAAUGAUGGGUCAUAUUGCCAAAACCAUGCCCUGUUCUCACAGCAAAAACAUGCACUACAGAUUCUACUAUAUUACGAUGACUUUGAAACGGCUAACCCUCUCGGUUCCAAAAAGGGGAUCCACAAACUAGGUUGUGUCUACUUUACUUUAAAAAAUCUUCCACCCAAGUGUAACUCAGUACUGAUGAAUGUACAUCUGGCAGCUCUGUUUCAUUCUGAAGAUCUGAAAAAAUAUGGUUUUGAUGUGAUACUAAAGCCUCUUAUUGAUGAUCUGAAAUUUUUAGAAACCAAAGGCUUAAAGCUUCCUUCUUUUGAACAACCAUUGUUUGGCUCAGUUAUUCAAGUAACGGGAGAUAAUUUGGCUUUAAAUGGCUUGUUGGGGUUUGUGGAAUCAUUCAGUGCAACCCAUUUCUGUAGAUUUUGUUUAAUCAGUAAGCAAGAAAUUCAAUCUAUAUUUACUGAAGAUCAUCCUGGGUUAAUUAUCCGUUCCAAAGAGCUUUAUACUGAACAUUGUAAGGCACUAAAUGAAAAUCCUGAACUGCGGUCAAUAUAUGGUGUUAAAAAGUCAUGUGUGCUCAACUCCUUACAGUAUUUCCAUUGCACUGACAACUAUGCUGUUGACAUAAUGCACGAUCUGCUGGAGGGUGUAGUACAGUACGAACUAAAGCUGAAUUUUGAGUACCUUGUUAAACAGGGCUAUAUCUCUUUGAACACAUUGUCAAACAGGAUACAGAGCUUUAAUUAUGGUUACACGGAGCGUAGAAACAAACCAAGUGGGAUAAAAAUGGAUGAUAAGAGCAAAGAUCUAGGUUUGAAUGCCAUCCAGUCAUGGUGUCUCCUGCGUAACGCUCCACUAAUGUUUGGUGAUGUCAUUGAAAAGAAUAACAGUUACUGGAACUUUCUGCUGCUUUUGAUCCAGAUUGUCAAUAUAGUGUUUUCCUACACCAUAACUGAUGGAAUGAUAUGCUACUUGAAACAUCUGAUCUGUGAUCACCAUACUCUGUUCAAAGCAUUGUUUCCUGACAAGAGGUUGAUUCCCAAGCACCACUUGAUGGUACACUAUCCUAGAUGCAUACAAAAAAUUGGCCCUCUUAUCCAUAUGUGGUGCAUGCGAUUUGAAGCUAAACACAAUUUUUUCAAAAGAUGUGGCAAAAAUUUUAAGAAUCUCACUAAAUCAUUAGUGAAACAACAUCAGCGUCAAUUGGCAUUUAACUAUGAAAAUUAUUGCUUUAGAAGGUUUGAAUUUGGUCCUACAUCAUCCAAAAACAUCUGCAACUUGCAAGGUGGGAAAGAAAUUAGUGAGACAUUACAUUUGGAUGCCUGUUCAAAUGUUACAAGUACAAGGUGGGUCAGAUAUUACGGUACUGAGUACCAGGUUGGGUUGUACUUAUGCACUGGAUGUACCGAUGAUCUUCCUGUGUUCAAAAAGAUCUGUGAUAUUAUAAUACAUGAACAGCAUGCUUUCAUAAUAUCCUGUAAUGUACAAACAAUGUACUAUGAUGACCACUUUAGUGCAUACUGUAUAGAAGACCAAAUGAAUGUGUUUUCUGUCAUAUCUGUGAAGGCACUGACUUAUUUUAGACCAUUUGACAAGCAAUGCUCUAAUGACAAUAGUCAAAGAGCAUACAUAGUGCCUUAUUGUUACAUUUAGAUAAAUGUACAGCAAUGAAAAAAGAUUUGGUAAUGUUGAUGCAUUUGAAGAAAUAAAAAUGUUAAAGUAG